AAAUCCAACCGCUGACUGCUGCCUGGGUCUCUGUCUUCCAACUCCGCACUAUUUCCUCUCUGUUUCUCUUUUUGUUCUGAACUCUAGCUAAGCUCAAAACAACCGUCGCCUUGAGAUUUCCAGCUUUGAAGGCAUAAACAUAUUACUCUUACUUUCUGCUUCUAAGAUGGCUGGGCUUUUGGGAUAUAACAGCCUUGCACCAAAGACUAAGAAUCUGGUAGUUGCCGGGGGCUUGACGGCAUUUGUAUUUGGGGUAUAUUUCUACACCAUGAGAGCUGUUGGUGGUACGGAUGAGCUUCAGGUGGCUAUAGAUAAGUUUGAGGAGCACAAAAAGCAAGAUGCUCGAGCAAGCAUGGCAUCAAAGGCUUGAUCUCUUGACUCUUUCUGUAAUAAUGAAGUCAAGAACAAGGUAAAGGUCUUUAUGUAAGAGUCACUUAUUAUGUACCUGAAUCAAUGUUUUGAACUAAUUGUCUUUGUUGGUUAUACAUUAUAGUGUAGCUGGUAAUAAUGAACUUGACAUUUUGCUUCUUUCCUUGGACA